CAGGAAUCUUCCUCACCACCACCACUUUCUCUCUCUCUACAUAUACAUACACGGUAUGUAUCUAUGCCCCUCCCCCCUCUCUCUCUACGCGGUUGAAGCAGCUAUGCGUUGCUGACCUAACGUCUCUUUUCUUUUCUCAUCUUCACUUUUCUUAGUUGGGGGUUUUUUGUACGUUUCAGAAUAAUAAAUAAAAAUCCAAUCUUUCUCCAUCUCAAACACCUUCUACAACCUUCUUCUCAAGCUCCGAUUGAGCUUCAGCUGCACAAAUUUUCCUCAUUUCUGAAUUGAAUUUGAAACUGAAAUUGAAAAAAACAAACAAAUAAUAUGAAAAGGUCAAGCCUGGACCUGUUAUUCUCAGUGGGCCGGCAGAGAUCAACCCGCGUGCUCAUCCUCUUCGCGCUUCUGUACAUAAUAUUGGUCUGUUUCGAAGUGCCCUUCGUCUUCAAAAAUGGGUUCAUUUCGGUUUCUCAAGAAGUUUCACUUUUCAGCAGCGGUAGCAGUAACGGGAUUUUGAGCUCGAAGCCGUUUCUCCUCGAGAGCGAGGAGGACACGGAGGAGAAAGAGGCCCCCGUCCGCCCCCUCGACCUUCCCUACCGAUCGCCGGAGCGAAAAAUCAGAGAAACCCUCCAAUCGCCCCUCUCCCGGCUGAACCUCUCCGCCGGGAUAGCGAAUUCCGGCCCCGACAUCGGGAUUUCGAAGGCCGCCAAGGACGCGUUGGAAAUCGGCCGGAAGCUCUGGCGGGAGCUCGAAUUAGCCGGAAAAAAUGGCAGCAAUCGUGUGCCCGGCAGCAAGGGGAGUACCAGUACCAAAACCGAGCCAUGCCCGCACUCCAUAUCUGUCGGUGGGGAGGAAUUUUUGAAAAAUGGGAAAAUUAUGGUGCUUCCCUGUGGGCUUACGUUAGGGUCCCACAUGACUGUUGUGGGGAAACCGAGGAUUGCUCAUGCUGAGACCGACCCGAAGAUUUCAUUGCUGAAGGAGGGGCAGUAUGUAAUGGUUUCACAGUUUAUGAUGGAGUUGCAGGGGUUGAAGACAGUGGAGGACGAGGAUCCUCCGAGGAUUUUGCAUUUUAACCCAAGGCUAAAAGGGGAUUGGAGUGGAAAGCCGGUGAUCGAGCACAACACGUGUUACAGAAUGCAAUGGGGAACGUCUCAGAGGUGCGAAGGCUGGAAAUCGCGUGCCGAUGAGGAGACUGUUGAUGACAUGGUGAAAUGUGAAAAAUGGAUACGGGAUGAUGACAACGGCUCGGAGGAAUCAAAGGCGACGUGGUGGCUAAACCGGUUAAUUGGACGAACUAAAAAAGUGACUGUUGAUUGGCCGUUUCCUUUUGCUGAAGGCAAACUGUUCGUACUCACUCUAAGUGCUGGUCUUGAAGGUUACCAUGUCAACGUUGAUGGGAGACACGUCACUUCAUUUCCAUAUCGCACUGGAUUUACACUCGAGGAUGCGACUGGAUUAUCGUUAAAUGGAGAUAUCGAUGUUCAUUCUAUAUUUGCUGGUUCUUUGCCCACAUCGCACCCGAGUUUUGCUCCUCAGAGGCAUCUUGAUUUGUCCGAAGAAUGGAAAGCUCCAUCUAUUCCAUCCGGGCCCGUUGAACUCUUCAUUGGUAUUCUCUCUGCAGGCAGCCACUUUGCUGAAAGAAUGGCCGUGAGGAAAUCUUGGAUGCAGCACAAGCUAAUUAAAUCGUCAAAAGUUGUUGUGCGUUUUUUUGUCGCAUUGAAUGCAAGAAAGGAAGUGAAUACAGAAGUAAAGAGAGAGGCUGAGUUUUUUGGAGAUAUCAUUAUAGUGCCAUACAUGGACAACUAUGACCUUGUUGUUCUCAAAACUGUAGCCAUAUUUGAAUAUGGGGUGCGGAGUAUAUCUGCUAAGUAUAUUAUGAAAGGUGAUGAUGACACAUUUGUGAGGGUAGACGCUAUUCUUAACGAAGCAAAAAAAGUUCGAGAGGGCAAGAGCUUAUAUAUUGGAAAUAUAAAUUACUAUCAUAAGCCUUUGCGCAGUGGGAAAUGGGCCGUCACAUAUGAGGAAUGGCCAGAGGAAGAAUAUCCACCCUAUGCAAACGGGCCGGGCUACAUUAUCUCAUCCGACAUUGCAAACUUUAUUCUUUCGGACUUUGAGAAACAAAACUUAAGGUUGUUUAAAAUGGAGGAUGUUAGUGUGGGAAUGUGGGUGGAGAAAGUAAAUAGCACAAGGCCCGUUGAGUACGUACAUAGCCUGAAAUUCUGCCAGUUCGGAUGCAUAGAAGACUACACAACAGCUCAUUACCAAUCCCCAAGACAAAUGAUCUGUCUUUGGAACAAAUUAAAGCAUUUAGGAAAGCCCUCGUGUUGCAAUGUCAGGUGACAAUAGGACUCAUCUGGAAAAUGGAGCGAACAAAUUUUGCAGUGAUAAUAUAGUAUGACGAUAUAUUGUAAAUUCUGUGUUUUGCGGUUCUGGAGGUUUGUUCACUGCCUGUGAAAAAUAUCAUGUUCUGUCAGUAUUGUAUUGUGAAUUAGAUUAAGUGGCGGUGAAUGUCUGAGUUUCUUAAAGUUUUCGAACUAAUCAGCCAAAAGAAUCUUUGCAGCAUAAAAAUCGAGAUUGUACAGAGUUGUCUUCCCUUAUGCAGCAUUUUCAUUCUGAACAGUUGAAGUUGUCUUCUUCUUCUUCUUCAAAAUAAAUAGAAUUAAAAAUAUUGUAUAUUGUUGGAACAAAUGAACAAUUACCAAAUGUUGUUUAAAUAAGUAUUUAUC